AUCAAAUUAAGAAUAUGGGUUUCUUUUUGGGUUUGAUUCUUGGCAUUGCACUAGGCAUCUGUUUGAUUGUUGGCUUCGCUCGUUGUGAGAGUAUCCGAUCUAAGAGUCGUUCUGAUUUGGCUGCAACUGUGGCUGCAUUUGCUAAGUUAACAGUUCAGGAUCUGAGGAAGAUUCUUCCAGCUGAAAAUUACCCUUCAUGGGUUGUUUUCUCACACAAACAAAAGCUUAAUUGGCUUAAUGUGCAACUUGAGAAACUUUGGCCAUUUAUAAAUGAGGCAGCAUCGGAGUUAAUCCGAAGUUCGGUUGAGCCUAUUCUGGAGCAAUAUAGACCAGUAGUCUUGACUUCUCUAAAGUUCUCAACAUUAACUCUUGGAACUGUGGCACCUCAGUUUACAGGAAUAACGAUACUUGAAAGUGAUGCUAAGGGAAUUACAAUUGAAGUGGAGAUGCAAUGGGAUGGAAAUCCCCAAAUUGUUCUUGAUAUCAAAACAAGACUUGGUGUAUCAUUGCCCAUAGAGGUCAAGAACAUUGCAUUCACAGGAGUUUUCAGGUUAAUUUUCAGACCACUUGUAGAUGAGUUUCCUUGCUUUGGUGCUGUCUGUUAUUCCCUGAGGGAUAAGAAAAGGAUGGAUCUUACACUUAAGGUUAUUGGUGGGGAUAUCUCAGCAAUUCCGGGAAUUUCAGAUGCUAUCGAGGAGACUAUUCGAGAUGCUGUGGAAGACUCGAUUACCUGGCCAGUUCGAAAUAUUAUAGCCAUAUUACCUGGGGAUUACAGUGACCUGGAGCUAAAACCUUGUGGAACAUUAGAAGUAAAGCUUAUACAGGCAAAGGAAUUGACAAAUAAAGAUAUAGUAGGAAAGUCUGAUCCUUAUGCUACCUUAUUUAUCCGUCCUUUGCGACAGAAAAUGCAAACUAGCAAGACAAUUAACAACCAAUUGAAUCCAAUCUGGAAUGAGCACUUUGAGUUUAUAGUGGAGGACUCAUUAACACAACACUUGACAGUGAGAGUUUUUGAUGAUGAAGGCGUUCAAGCUGGUGAGCUCAUAGGCUGUGCUCAAAUUUCAUUGUUUGAACUAGAGCCUGGUAAAGUGAAGGAUGUAUGGUUAAAGUUAGUCAAAGAUUUGGAGAUUCAGAGGGAUACAAAGUACAGGGGACAGGUACACUUGGAGCUCUUAUAUUGUCCUAUUGGUACUGAAAGUAUCUUUGCAAGUCCUUACGAUCCUGAUUUUCGGUUAACUGCACUAGAGAAGGCCCUUAAAACUGGACUCGAUGGAGGAGAUACUUCAGAUGGUGUAAGAACUAGUGGUUUAAAGAGGAAGGAUGUAAUAGCUCGAGGUGUUUUAUCUGUUACAGUGAUAUCUGCUGAUGACUUGCCAUCAGUAGAUUUGAUGGGGAAAUCUGAUCCUUUUGUUAUUCUAAUCACCAAGAAAUCUGAGCAAAAGUAUAAGACCAGGGUUGUAAAUAACAGCUUGAAUCCAGUUUGGAACCAAACAUUUGACUUUGUCAUUGAGGAUGCAUUACACGAUUUACUAACACUAGAAGUAUGGGAUCAUGACAUUUUGGGAAAGGAUAAGAUGGGGAAAGUUAUUAUGACACUAACAAGGGCAAUAUUGGAAGGAGAAUUAACAGACACAUUUGCAAUAGAUGGGACUAAAUCUGGGAAGCUAAAUUUGCACAUCAAGUGGAACCCUAGACCAAUAUUUCGAGAUUCAUAGGGUUGUUUGGAAUCUAUUUAAUUCCAACAUAAUCCAAUUUGAAAUAAGGUUUGUAAUUUAUAAG